CGCGGGGGGGGGGAAACCGUGAUGAAAACAGGUUCGAGUCUGCUGCCCUCUGUCUCUUGUUUGCCAGUCAGUGUCUUUCCUCUCUAUCUACUGCCUUCACUUUCAUGAAGUGGAAAAAUGAUGAUCCUACCUUGUUAGUUACUCAUUCCAGCAUCAUAAUCAUAAUCAUAUCCAGCUUGUGUCUUUUCACGGGUUCACCGUUUAACAAGGUCUUCUUCUCCCGCUGUUAGCUGGUCCUCCAAACGCAGCGAUUGCUGCAUGCCUUGCCGCACUUGGCCUGUGGCUUAUCGUCAACACUGUGAAAGUUGUGCAAAGGCUCUUCUUCUCUCCAUUCCGUAAGGUUCCAGGACCGCUUCUCGCAAAGAUCACAGGAGCAUGGAUGCUGUGCGUGGACCUUGCCGGACGGCGUGUCCUAAAAAUCCAUGAACUCCAUGCAAAGUACGGCCCCGUAGUACAGCUGGGGCCGAACGAACUCAGCUUCUCCACCGCGGAGAGCAUCGAUAUCAUCUAUGGGACUGGGACUCGAUUCCGCAAGGCACCUAUGUAUAUGACAAUGGGCCGCCCUGGUGUCUUGCACCUAUCGGACCCGGCUGCGCACAGGGAGAGGCGCCGACUAUUGAAUCACGCGUUCGCGAAGCAGCAUCUGGACGAGAUGGAGCCGGUUUUUCACAAAUCGGUGAGGAAGAUCGUAGCCAGAAUGGAUCGGGCGCGCGGCAAGGCUUUGGACAUGAGACAUUGGUUCAAGAUGUAUACGCUGGAUAAUGCGGGAGAAGCUUUCCUUGGGGCGUCCUUUGGCGGUCUGGACUCCGACGAGAUGCCGCAAUAUGUGAAAGAUUUUGAUUUAUUUUUAAUAACGUGGGCAAUUAAGAGUACCUUUCCCUUCCUGGCUUGGUUCGUGCAGAGAAUACCACAUCCCAAGAUCAAGGUCGCCUUCGGUGCGGAAGAGCGCAUCUACCAGUACGGGAUUGAUCGGUUUAAUGAGUAUAUCCAGAAAUAUGGACGUGUCUCCAAGCGCAGAGAUCUUCUUACCAAGAUGAUUGGCUGCAAAGAGAAUGACCCAGAUGCGCUCGCCGAUUCCGAUAUCGCAGUGGAAAUCAGCAAUCUUGGUUUCGCAGCGACCGAUACCACCGGGACAGCUCUGCUUUAUCUGUUCUGGGAGCUCGCCCGCAAUCCAGAUCUGGUGGAGCGACUUCGUUCCGAGCUCGCCGACCUUCCGCUAGUAGAUGGGGUCGUCGUCCAGCAUCACAGCGUAUCAAAUCUCCCAUUUCUAGACGCUCUUAUCUCAGAAGGAUUGCGAGCCUAUCCACCUAUCCCAGCUGGGCUCCUAAGGGAGGCACCCAUUGGUGGAUGCAUGAUAAACGGCAUCUAUGUGCCUCAAGGGACUGUAGCUUCAACACAUACAUGGACAACCCACCGUAACCCCGAACAUUUCCCGAACCCGGAUAAGGUUGACCCGUCUCGCUGGCUUGAAGGCAACGUGUCUGACGGAAUGAAGAAGUUCUGGAUGCCAUUUUCCAAGGGUCCCCGGAAUUGCAUGGGGCGGACAAUGGGGUUGUUCGAAAUGAGGAUAUUGAUUGCAACGUUGGUGAGGAGAUUUAAUAUUAGCAUCGACGAUACCAUGGCGGACGAUGCCAUGGAUAUCACAGAUCAUUUUCUUCUUAUCCCCAAAAAAGAAAAAUGCCUUCUCCGGUUCACCCCGGUAUAAAAUAACAUGGGGAAUGCGAAGAAGCGGAACAGAAGGGGCGCGGCAGGGAAGCGGACAUGCGUUUCGGGCUUGGUUAAGCUUUUGGGGGCAAAGGGAGUUCGUUUUUGCGAUGCAUAAUGCAUAAUUACAUAGCGUACCUAG